CGCUCGGAGUUAGUUGCGAUUAAGUCGCUUUCUGUGAAUAACAAUUUAUACUUUUUUCCGUUAAAUUUUUCGUGAACUUUAAAAGUUGAUCGUCUUGGUCGAUUCAGUCGCGUCGUCGUCGCCUUUAUAUUCAUUCGUGUUUUUUGAGUGUUCCAAAACAAAGAAAAAAUAAAAGAUGUCCAAGAUCUUAGAAGAUUCACCAAAUGCCCACAUUGACAAGAGCAUCUUGCAACGUUACAUUGACUUGCCAGUUAAAGAGAAUAUCGUUCAAGCCACAUACGUUUGGAUUGAUGGCACAGGCCAAGAUUUAAGAUGCAAAGACAGAACUUUGGAUUUUAUUCCAACAAGCCCUAAAGAUUUGCCAAUUUGGAAUUACGAUGGAAGUUCAACUGGUCAAGCUCAGGGUUCAAAUUCAGACACUUAUUUACAUCCCGUAGCAAUUUAUAAGGAUCCAUUCCGCCGUGGCAAUAACAUUUUGGUUAUGUGCGAUACAUAUAAGUUUGAUGGCACACCCACCGAUACAAAUCAUCGCAAGACUUGUUUAGAAGUUAUGAACAAGUGUGAAGCCGAACAGCCAUGGUUUGGCAUUGAACAAGAAUAUACAUUCCUUGAUUUUAAUAAGCAUCCAUUGGGUUGGCCAAAGAAUGGUUUCCCUGGACCUCAGGGCCCAUACUAUUGUGGUGUUGGAGCCGAUAAGGUUUAUGGCCGCGACGUUGUUACGGCUCAUUAUAAGGCUUGCUUAUAUGCAGGAAUUAAGGUUUCCGGAACCAAUGCUGAAGUCAUGCCAGCUCAGUGGGAAUACCAAGUAGGACCGUGCUUGGGUAUUUCAAUUGGUGAUGAAUUGUGGAUGUCAAGAUUCUUGCUUCACAGGAUUGCUGAAGAAUUUGGCAUCAUUGCCACUUUGGACCCUAAGCCAAUGCCAGGUGACUGGAAUGGUGCUGGUGCUCAUACAAACGUCUCCACACAAAAGAUGCGUGAAGAUGGCGGAAUCAAGGAAAUUGAAAAGGCUGUUCAAAAGCUCGCCAAAUGCCAUGAUCGUCACAUUCGUGCCUACGAUCCAAACCAGGGUAAGGACAACGAACGUCGUUUGACCGGUAUGCAUGAAACUAGUUCAAUCAAUGACUUCAGCGCUGGCGUUGCAAAUCGUGGUUGUUCAAUUCGUAUUCCACGUGGUGUAAGCGAUGAUGGAAAGGGUUACUUUGAGGACAGACGUCCAAGCUCUAAUUGUGAUCCUUAUUCGGUUGCUGAGGCUAUUAUGAGGACAAUUUGUUUAGAUGAAUAAGAAAUUGCAAUACCAAAACAAAAACCAGCGCACAGGAAAUUAUAUUGAAAAAAAAAUCCAUGUGUGUGUGGAACCCGCAUGUGUAGAAUUUUAGUUUAUUAUUAUUAGAAUUUAUAAAGUUGUUAUAUUCUCAUUAUUAAAAAAGAAAAUAUUUGUUCACUUAUAUUUUGGUUAUAUUCGCAUUGAAUAUAAAUAUUUAACUUAAAAAAAAUA